UAAGAGCGGGGAGCACGAAUCCAGCAAAUUUAUGCUCAUCAUCGGAUGACGCUGUUUCAAACCCGUGGCCUCAGUCUUGGCGGCAUCAGAGGGGGGAAAUUGUCACGUCAAAACCCUCAAAAGAAUUUUUUUUAUUAUUUUUUACUGGGCUGUUCUCCUCCAUUUCUCUCUAAUUUCCCUUUUCCUAUUGAGAAUUCUUUGCAAGUGUUAGGUUUUUGCCUUCCAGAUCCACCCAAGUUCUUAGCUAUGCUCUCAAAUUCCUUUAUUGGAUUCUGUUGUUGGGUUUAGCUUGUUGACCUGUUGAUCUUGCGAAAGACCUUUCAUUUUCUCCAAUUUUAUCAAAAUUUGUGAGUACCCAGUUGGAGAUUUUGCUAUUAUUCUGCAUAUUUAUCAUUGGGUUCGACUGGGUUGGACUCAGAUUGAUCCAAUUUGUUGAGUUUGUUCUAUUUUUCUUCGUGGUUCGCAGUUUCAAGAAAUGGGCAAGAAGGGUAUUUGAUGUGAAUUGAGUCCGAUGAAGGAUUUUGGUCUUUGUGGGCGAAUGCCCUCAUGGUCUUUUAUUGCAACUGUUGGCUCUUUAGUGGCAUUAGUAUCAAUUGUUCAUUUGUUCUUCACACCUCUACUUCCGUCGUCGCUUGAUUACUUUGGGGCAGGGAGAGCACAGAGUUCGUGUUCUCCAGUUAAUUCGUCUGCUGGAUUGAAGAGUGAACAUUUGUAUGAUAAUUCAGAGCUGGGUAUUGAUUUUGAUAAACAAUUCCCUGUCGAUUCUCACGGGGCAGUGACUUAUCGUGGUGCGCCGUGGAAGGCUGAGAUUGGAAAGUGGUUUUCUGGCUGCGGUGAUGUUUUGAAUGCUGUUGAUGUUGUUGAGAAUAUAGGGAGCAAAAGGUGCAAGAGUGACUGUAGCAGCCAAGGAAUAUGCAAUCAGGAAUUGGGGCAAUGCAGGUGUUUUCAUGGGUUUUCUGGGGAAGGAUGUGCGGAGAAGUUGCAGCUUAACUGCAAUCUUCCAUCAUCCCCUGAACAGCCAUAUGGACCUUGGAUUGUUUCAAUAUGUGCAGCCCAUUGUGAUACGACAAGAGCAAUGUGUUUCUGUGGAGAAGGGACCAAAUAUCCAAAUCGACCGGUGGCCGAGGCAUGUGGCUUUAAGACUAUCUUGCCAACUGAACCUGGUGGUCCAAAGCUUACUAAUUGGACACAAGCUGAUCUUGAUAAUAUCUUCACAACUAACGCGAGCAAACCCGGCUGGUGUAAUGUGGACCCAAAAGAUGCAUAUGCUUCAAAAGUGAAAUUCAAAGAGGAGUGUGAUUGUAAGUAUGAUUGUCUUUGGGGACAAUUCUGUGAAAUUCCAACAGUAUGCAGUUGUCUCAACCAAUGCUCCGGACAUGGACAUUGUCGGGGUGGAUUUUGUCAGUGUGACAGUGGUUGGUAUGGGAUAGAUUGUAGUAUACCAUCUACAUUAUCAGCUAUACAAGAAUGGCCUAAGUGGCUUCGACCAUCUACAGUUGGUAUAUCUGACAAAGCCCCUUUAGGUAGUGAUAUGAGUACGAAAGCUGUUGUCAAGAAGAAAAGGCCUCUUAUUUAUGUUUAUGAUUUGCCACCUGAAUUUAACAGCCAUCUUCUUGAGGGAAGGCAUUUCAAAUUUGAAUGUGUAAACAGAAUCUAUAGUGAUAAGAACAGGACAAUAUGGACUGAUCAGUUGUAUGGCGCACAGAUGGCACUCUAUGAGAGUAUUCUUGCUAGUCCCUAUCGGACGUUGAAUGGUGACGAGGCAGACUAUUUCUACAUCCCGAUUCUUGAUUCGUGUAUAAUAACUAGAGCAGAGGAUGCACCCCACUUCAGUAUGAUGGAACAUGGGGCUCUCAGGAGCUUUAUGACUUUGGACUUAUACAAGGAGGUUUAUGAUCAUAUAGUUGAGCAGUAUCCAUACUGGAAUCGCUCCUCCGGAAGAGAUCAUAUUUGGUUCUUUUCGUGGGAUGAAGGUGCCUGCUAUGCUCCAAAGGAAAUUUGGAAUAGCAUGAUGUUGGUUCACUGGGGAAACACAAACUCAAAACAUAAUCACUCAACAACAGCUUAUUGGGCAGACAAUUGGGACAAAAUUCCCUCCCAUAGAAGAGGAGAUCAUCCAUGCUUUGACCCAGACAAAGACCUUGUGCUACCCGCAUGGAAAAGGCCUGACCCUGGUGCAAUAUGGUUAAAGCUGUGGUCAAGGCCACGAAAGGAGCGAACAACACUCUUCUACUUCAAUGGAAAUUUAGGGCCUGCAUAUGCUAAUGGUCGACCUGAAGAUACGUAUAGUAUGGGUAUUAGGCAGAAACUGGCAAAGGAGUUCGGUUCUACUCCUGACAAGAAGGGAAAGCUAGGGAGACAGCAUAGAGACAAUGUAACAGUCACUCCACAACGCACUCAUAAGUAUUAUGAAGAACUUUCUCGCUCUGUCUUUUGUGGGGUUUUACCUGGAGACGGAUGGAGCGGGCGUAUGGAGGAUAGCAUUCUACAAGGAUGCAUUCCGGUGGUAAUUCAGGAUGGAAUUUUCUUGCCAUACGAGAAUGUGCUGAACUACAGAAGUUUUGCAGUUCGAAUUACUGAAGAUGAGAUUCCAAACUUGAUCAAUAUCCUUCAGGGGUUUGAUGAGACAGAAAUUGAGUCCAUGUUGGCAAAUGUUCGCCAAAUCUGGCAGAGAUUUUUAUACCGAGACUCAGUUUUGCUUGAGGCUAAGAGACAAAAGAAAUUGUUUGCUGAUGAGGAAGCUUGGGUAGUCGAAUUCUCAAAGCUUGAACUUGAUGAGGAUGAUGUUUUUUCGACAUUUGUACAGAUAUUGCACUAUAAACUUCAUAAUGACCCUUGGAGGCGACAUCUUUCUCAACAAAAGGAUUAUGGACUUCCAAAGGCUUGUCGGAGAACAACUAGCUAAAAAUAUUUCAUUAAGAUGACAAGAUGACAAUGUAAAAAAAUACCUCUCCUAGAGUGAGUUGUAACUUCUCAGGUCAUCAUAUGCAAGUAAUCAGUCAACUCUAGGCAUGGGUGAUUUACUGAUUACCAAGAUCUUCGAUGCUGAUCAGCGAGGAUCUGGAAAUGCUUGAGUAGAUGGAGUGUACAGUGAACGGAUGAAAUGAUUGUAAAUGUGUUUAAGUGGCUUCUCAAUACACAAGUGUAACAGCCAUUUUUAUUUUUUUAAAUCUCAGAUUCAUUUUAUACACAAGUGUAACAGUCAUUUUUGUAAUGUCAGUGAUUGUCGAGACGUAUAUUAGCUGUGAAUAUUAUUAUUAUUGGUAGAUA